AGGAUGACGUUAACUACGAUCAUGUCGUGACGCAAGUAUGCUCGUGGCAAGACAGGAAGCAAACUAAACUAAGUAAACGCAAAACUCAUAGCUAAAUGAAUGAGAAAUAUCUAGUGAAGAAAUAAUAGAAAUUCAUGUGUACUUACUAGUGAAACGCGAACUCUGACUUGAGCUUGAAUUGAAUCUAUAAAAAACUUCGUAAAAUGGCGAAUCCACUACGUUCGCUCGCGACCACAGCUCUUCGCCAAGGUCGCAUCGGCAAAUUACCACACACCCUUAGUCCAAAAUCCCCCCUACUCACAUCCACUAACAUCGCUACACAAUCCCGACCAUUCACAAGAACAGCCGCCGCCUUAGCAUCAUCCUCGCCAUCCUCACCAUCCUCACCCGCCAAAACCCUCCUCGAAGAUCAAGAUGCAGGGUUCGGCUUCGUGCGACACAACCCCGCGCCACCGAAGCCGCGAACGCGGGGCGUGACUGAGAUCCGCGGGCCGUACUACACAGUAAUGGGGCCGCGAUACCUUUCCGAUGUGCUAGAGACGAUGGGGCCGCAUGUCGACGGCUUGAAGUUCGCCGGGGGGUCGUUUAGCUUGUUCCCCGAGGGACCACUACGCCAGUUGAUUGACUUGGCGCAUGCACACGGCGUGUACGUCAGUACCGGUGGUUGGAUUGAGCAUAUCCUCGCUUCAAGCGGCGGCGACGUCGUUGGCGUGGUUGAUAAGUAUAUCGCGCGAUGUCGUGACUUGGGCUUCGAUGUGGUGGAGUUGAGUACGGGGUUCUUAUCGCUGCCGCAGGACGACUGGUUAAGGCUCGCGGAGCGGGUGCAGAAGGUGGGGUUGAAGCCCAAGCCCGAGUUGGGAAUUCAAUUCGGCGCUGGUGGUGAUACUGAGGCUGCUGAGUUGCAGAGUAUUGGAACAAGCGAUCCGAGCAAAGUGAUUAAUAUGGCGAAGCGGUUUGUGCAGGAUGCUGGUGUUGAGCGUGUUAUGAUUGAAAGCGAAGGGAUUACGGAGAAUGUUCAAGCUUGGCGUACCGAUGUUAUCCAAUCUAUUCUUCGUGAGCUACCCUUGGAGAAAGUCAUGUUUGAGGCGGCAGACCCAUCCGUAUUUAAUUGGUAUAUUCGAGAAUUCGGCGUUGAUGUGAAUCUCUUCGUCGACCAUUCGCAGAUUGUCCAGCUGGCUGGGCUCAGAGCCGGUAUUUGGGGUAAGAGUGACACAUUUGGCAAGAUCACUACCUUCAGGCCUUGAAGUUUGUCGUCUUGGACGUUUCGAAGUCGUAUGAGCGGUGAGCGUUGCCUUGUGCUAUU